UAUUAACAGCUAAGGUCAUUUAAGGACGGCCUCCCGUGUGUGCAACAUGCAUGCGUGUGGUAUGUGUGUUUUGGGAGGCUGCGGUAUGAGUGUUUGGUGAGUACGUAUGUAUGAUUUGGCAGGCUGCGGUAUGUGUUCAACUCCUUGUGACAGGCCGGAACGUUUGCCGAUUUAUAGUGCUAACUCACUGAAGCAUACCGCCGAAGACACCCAUGAUUUUAUCAAAAUAUCUUAAACAUUUGCAAUCAGUUUUACAUAUUGAUUGAUAUCUGUCAUUUCAGAACUGUUGGAGGCAUUCAAGGAAAUCCAGAAGUUGAAAGAAAGAAACAAACCUAUUGAUUUUGCCGAAACCUGGAAUGCUGACAGAAGAUUUUGCAAGCAAACACCAGAUGGAGCUGUAUGCUGAUACAUCUGUGUACCUUUAUGGACACGACCUGGCAGAAAUCCAGAAAAUAUCAGACCCAACAAAGAUUGGCACCUCGUCACAUGGAUGCAGGAUGGCAAAGCUACAAAUGAACAAGUUCUGGUCGAAGUCAGAGUUACAAGGAUUAGCUUAUCAACUAAUGGCCACCCAGCCAAGCAAGUCCUCGACCAAAGAAUCGCGAAUGCCAUCAAAGCAUAUUGUGUUACCAAGACUGUGGCAACAGCAGGAAAAAUAAGGCAAAGCCAUGGCCAGCAACAUUACCUUACUAUAUAUGCCAAGCAUUCGAAGUAAACCAAAAUUCACGAACUGAAAAAAGAAUUUAUCUCCAUAUCUAGUGUUAAAAACCAGCACAUGGUGCAUGUGUACUGUUGUUUUGUUUGGAGAAAAUAGUAUGAGGCAAAUGACCAAGGAUAACAAUUUAAAGACAUUUUGUUAUUUAUUUUAUAAUAAUUUGUAGUGUAUUUGGAUUCAUUUUCAUAUCUAGGGUUACAAACCUGGCACAUGAUGCACGUGUAAAACUGUUUUAUUUAUCAAUUUGUAUGUUGAGUUUGGAGAAAAGAGUACGAGGCAAAGGGAAGACUAAAGAUAAAAAAAAAAAAAACUUUUUUAGAAUGAUCUGUAGCGCAUUCAGAUUUAUUUUCAUAUCUAUUUGUUAAAACCUAGCACAUGGUGCACGUGUAUAACUGUUUUAUAUAUUAAUUUGUAUGUUGAG